AUGAUUUAAUAUUAAUCUAUUAAGUAAUAAGUCAUAAUUUGAAAAUGAUAUUAAAAAGAUCAUGUUUAUUUUGUUAUAUUAAAAGCUAAUAUCAAUUUAUUAAAGCAUUAAUUAAAAAUGAAUAAUCUACCACAGAUUUUAAUUGAUCCAAUUGUUAAUGAAAAGGAUAUAUUAGAGACAAUAAAUGAACCACCUGAAGAUUGUAAAUCAUUAACUGUACCACUUUCAAAUUUUUUUAUUAACAAUGACGAUGAUCAUAAUAAUAAUAAUAAUGUUGACAGUAAUGGUAAUUGUAAUAACAAUACAAAUUACGAUCAAAAUUAUGGAUAUAUGAAUUAUAAUAAUCAUUUAAAUAAUAUUAUUGAUCAUUCUAAUAAUUUAGGACAAACUAUAGUUGGAAAAAUAUAUAUAGGACCUGUGAAUUCAUCAAAUUCAUCAGAUAAAUACCGUCAACUUGUAUGGGUACAAAUAUAUCAGAAAUCAUCUUCAAUUUCAUCAAAACUUAAUACACAUAAUAUAGACAUUCCAACUUUUGUAUUAUUAUUAAAAACAAGAAUAAAUCCACAAAAUUCUGAAUAUACACCAGAUUAUUAUUCACCUCCUUAUAUGAAAUUUAAUUUAAAACAUACACGUUCAAGUCCAAUAGAUGAGAAACAUUUUCAUAUUUAUACAAGAUGUGGAGAAGGUAUAACACUUGAAGGUGAAAUUGCUGAUGAACAUUCUGUAUCAUAUUGGUUAUCAAUUUUUAAUCAAAAUACAUUAAAUCCUAUUCAUAUGGAAUUUUUUCGUACAAAUGAAAUAAAAAUACAUUCUGCUCCAAAUUCUCCUAGACAUAUAAGACGACGAAAUAAUAUUACUACUGAUAUAAAUAAUAAACAUUAUUUCAAUAAUAAUCCAAUAAAUUGUAGUACACAUUCAAAUUCUCGUAUGUGUAUAUUUGAAACACUUAACGAAACACAAGAAUUAGAAAGUGGAGUGUAAUGGAUAACUCACUUAUGAUGUCACUUUUUUUUGUUUUAAUUGUUAAUAAAAGACAAAUGAAUAUCGAUUGUAAAUAAAAUAGUUUUGUUUAUUAAACACUACAUGUUGUGCUAACUGUUUAUUCUAAAAUAGUACUACGAUAACGGAUGAUACUUUAUAUAAUGGUCGUCAAAUUUUAUAGAAUAACAAAAUGAGAUAAGAUCAAAAUAUAGAAUGAGAGGUUGAAGGUCAACAAUAAUCGAGGUUUAUAGAGCAAGCUAAGAGUUAUAAAUGGAGAAAUUCAGUUCGUUCAUUUCUACCCUAAAGUUUGUGCUGAUGAUGUUAUAUUGUAGAAUAAUGAAAGCUCCAAGAUGAAACUAUCCACAGCAAAGAACGAAACUGUACCAAAUUCAUUCAUCUGAGCUAUAAAUCUUCGCUAUUAUUUAUUUUAUGCAUAAAAUAUAUCAUCCACAUAAUUGAUUCUUGUUAAUAUCUAAUGUUAAAAUACAUAGGAAGUUAAAUAAAAUGAUAAGGAUAAAAUUUACAAAAUAAUAUGAAUUCAUCAUAUUCCGAGGCUUGUCAUUUGCUGUAAAUGAC